AUGAGCGGCGGCGGCGGCUCCCCGGCGGCCCCGAGCCCGGCCCUCUCGGGCCGCGGCGCCCGCAUCGCUGGGGCUGCCCCGGGGCUGCUGGACGAGGGCUUCGCCCUCUACCUCGCCGACCCCUUCGACCGGGAGCGCAACCCUGAGGGCGUGCCGAACCUGGGGACCAGCGAGAACGCGCUUUGCUUUGCUCUGAUAGGGGAGAGACUCACAAGACCUGACAUGAAUUAUCUGGAGCCUGAUCUCUUCCAGUAUUCUGAUGCACAAGGUAUUAGAAGCUUCAGAGAAGAAAUUGCCAAAUUUCUAACUGACUAUGCCAGAGCUGCAAAAGAACUUAAUCCAGAAAAUAUAACUGUUAUGAAUGGCUGUUGUGCUGUUUUUGCUAUUUUGUCAACAGUAUUACGUGACCCCGGUGAUGGAUAUCUUAUUCCAGCUCCUUACUAUGGUGGUAUAAAUUCAAAAAUGUGGCUAUAUGGUGAACUACAGCCUGUUCAUGUGCCCUUGUUCAGUGAGGUGACUGAUGAAGAAAGUCACCCUUUCCAGUUAACAGUUGAAAAAUUGGAAGCUGCAUUACAGAGAGCUAAAAAGCAGGGGAUCCGGGUCAGAGCAUUAAUCCUGAUCAACCCUCACAAUCCCUUAGGGGGCAUUUACCCAGCACAGUUACUGAAGGAAUGUCUAGAGUUUGCACACAGAUAUGAAUUGCAUGUAAUAAUGGAUGAAAUAUACAUGCUGUCUGUUUAUGAUGAUGUCACCUUUACCAGUGUUCUUAGCUUAGAAAGUUUACCAGAUCCAGAACGUACUCAUUUUAUGUGGGGUUUUAGCAAGGAUUUUGGUAUGAGUGGUAUCAGAGUUGGAGUACUGUACACCAGGAAUCAUGAAAUUCAGAAAGCUGUUAAUCAGCUGGCUGUCUUCCAUAGCUGUCCUGGACCUGUUCAGCAUGUUCUCAGUCAAUUCCUUAAGGACAGAGAUUGGAUGGAUAAUGUGUUUUUUCCCACCAAUAAAAAGCGACUUAAGGAAGCACAGAAUCUCCUAGUGGAUGGACUUGCAGGUAUUGGAGUACCCAUGCCCAAAAGUUCAGGAGGACUCUAUGUGUGGGCAGACUUCAGAAAAUUCUUAAAAUCACAGCUGUUUGAAGCUGAACUUGAACUAUGGCAGAAGCUCCUUGAUAAAAAACUCCUGAUUAGUCCUGGAAAAGCUUUUUGUUGUUAUGAGCCUGGAUGGUUUAGAUUGGUUUUCUCCAAUUCUGUAGAUAAGAUUUACUUAUGUAUUAAGAGACUUGAAGAAAUGCUACACACCAAUGAUGCUGAACCAGUUGCAAACAACGCAUCCUCAUUAACAAAAUACUUAGAGUGGGAAAUACAGGGAAAAAACAACCCAGCACAGACAAUGGAUAGUUGGGAUAAAAGGCAUGAGUCAAGGAGAACUGGCUGGAUGGAACAAGCCCCUAAGAAACGAAAUAAUGAAGACCUCCUGAAGUACUACCCACAUCAUCUUGAUGCAAAAAAGAGAUGUUUAUGUGCAAACCAGAACACCAACUGUUUCCCUCUGCCUCGUUUUGGCUUCGUGAUUAGAGACAUCCAGGUAUCGAAGGAGAUCACCAGGAAACGUGAAUCAAAUGGAUGUUUUACUAGCAAAGAAGUUAUUUUCAUCGAUGAACACACUGAAUAUUGCAGACCAGUGUCACCAGAGAACCGUAACCUCACUAAUGCCACAAGCCUAGUGCAAGAACAGGGGAGACAAGCAGCAAGCAGAGGUAGCAUACAAUCCCAAAGCAUAGACUUUAGUGUGCGUUCUGGAGACAGACCAACAUCAAAAUCUCCAGCUAGAAGGGCUGAACCAACAGAUUUGUGUCAUCUCGCUAAAGAUUUCAGCAAGAAGGUCUACUGGCUUGCAGCAGUUUGUCUCCUUGUAACUGUGGGAGUUCUGUGCUGGACGAGGCUACGGCAUCAGCUGGGGAAUUACUACUGGCUUUCCCUCGUACUUAUGAUGUCUAUUGCUACUGUUAUCCUGAGUUCAGUUGUCAGCCUAAUUAUUUCCAAAAAUGCCUUUUGCACUUGGACAGUGACAGUAACUGGAAGUGUAAUAAUUGGAAUAAUUUCAAAUUUCUAUGAAACAGGGACUAUAAUGCAAGUUGGAGGAAUAACUGCAUUUGCAACCCUGUUACUGUUUUUAUUUGCUCUGAAGACAAAUAAACCCUUGACAAACAUGACCAUAUCAACCACUACAAGCACCCUGGGCACUGCUGGGGCAAUCGUUUGUGUCCUUAGAAAUUCAUACGUGUUCCAGGCUAUAUACGCUCUAUUUGGAAUGCUGCUCUUUGCUACUGAUCUGACGAGGACAGUAGCUGAGCUUGAACGUCAACGGACAACCAACAAAAAAGUCAAAAAGUCAAAGCUUGAAAGUCAACCAACAAAAAUGCAACGUUCCAUGGACUAUGCUGAGGCAGCACAAAGGCUUGUCAUAUCUAUUGCUAUGAUCUUCUUCUUCACUUUGCUAUUAGUUGGUUGAACGCACAACAAAGCU